AUGGCGGCGGCCGGGCGCCCCGGCAGCAGCGGCAGCCUCGCUGCGAUCGAGCGCGCGGCGCGCCCCGGGACCACCGGCAGCAGCAGCUCCUCCGCCAGCGCCGGGCGCGCGGCCCGCAGGCCGCGCGCCCCCAGGGAGGCCGCGUGCAACCUGAGGGAGUUCUUCCUCUCCAGAAGACCAGGAGGGCUCGCCCUGGAGCCCGGCCCGCAGCCAGGCCGCGCGCCGCACGCCGCCACCGAGACCCUCAAAGAGCGGCACCGGCAGGCGCGGCAGGCGCAGCUGCGCGAGGCUUGGGCCCAGAGGGAGGUCGACGAGCGCGGCAUACAGAGGGCCGAGGAGGCCAGGAUGCAGAAGGAGAGGAAGGCGGAGAGCCUGCGCAGGCAGGCCGCGAAGCAGGCGGCGUACGACGAGCACUGCAGGGCCACGUUCCGCGGGCGCCGCCGCGAGCCCACGGUCUGCCAGGCGUGCUCCGGCACGGGGACCUGCCCGAGGUGCCACGGGGACCAGGUCCUCUCCCAGGACUUCUUCGCCCCGGCGCCGAAGGGCCCGCCCGCUCCGUGCUGGCUGGAGUUCGGCAGGAAGCCCCAGGGCUGCGAGGCGUGCGGCGGCUUUGCCCCGGGCAUCGACGGCAGGCACCAGGCCGGCACGGGCAGGUGCGCGCAUUGCGACGGGCACGGCAAGACCUGGCCAGAGCUCGAGGCGCAGCCCCACCUCCACAAGAAGAGCUCCACCGCUGCACCACGGGCACCACGCACUCGAACCCGCUGGGCGAGCUGUCCAGAACCUUCAGCUCCAUCGCGGAGCAAGGGAGCCUGGUUCCCCUGGCCCGCGUCGGCGCCAGCCGGCGAGGGUCCAGGGGGCUGCAGCGCUCCAGGGCCUGAGCCCGGCGCCGCGGCUUCCUCCUCCUCCCCCUCCCCCUCCUCCUCCUCCUCC